AUGGGCGCACACCGUGUGAUAGGGGAUGCCUUGGAGCGAGAUAGUAUCGGAACUACAACUGACAGUGGCACUGAAAGUAACUUAUUAGGCACAGACGGGAGUGAGGAUAUCAAGGCCAGUGCAUACCGUAUGUUCUUCGAUGAUUCUGUAUCCCAAUUCUCGGUGGAAGAAGCCUUCCUGGCCCUUGCAGGCGACAAAUAUCUCGAAAUGAAUCUAAACGACGACCAUUAA